AAACAAUGGACCUAUUUGAAAGAUUGCUACAGAAAAGCAAGAAAUACAUUGAAAAAGAAACAAAGUAUUGUGCAAAAAAGUGGUGCAGCUGGUAUACCAAAGAACUAUGAAGUAAAAGCAUCCUUUCGUCAUUACAAUGUAAUGACUUUCUUAAAUGAUAUAUUGGAAUAUCGACAAACCGUAACGUCCUUACAAAAAUCAAUAUGUGAAGAGCAAAAAGCUUCCAGUUCAAAUUGCAACAGCAUUCCUUCUACAUCAACAAGCAACAACUUCAACGUAGAUGAUGUUCUUACUUCUAUCACCAAUAACAAUAAUUCUACGUCACUGUCUCCAGUCUCACCGAAAUCAAGAAAGAGGAAGAGGAUUGAUUUGGACGAAUAUGAAGAAGCUCAUGAAGAUGAGUAUAACAGUAUAUUAGAGUCUUCAAUUUCUACAAAUGUUUUACCAGUAGAAAACGAAUAUUUCAAAAAAAGAAUGAGAUAUAUAAGAAAAGUAUUAUUAUUAAAUAAAAUUAAUGAAUGGAAAAGAACACUAUUAAAUUGGCACAAAGAAAUGCGAAGAAGACAAUUAGUUAAAACUUUCUUACUGCAUCAGUUUAAAAAAAAAAAAGAAAAAGCAACCAUGUGAAACUUGUCCAUUUUCAUCACGCCAAACAAUCCAGCCGCAAUAUCCACAUUUGAAUU